AUGCCUUCCGAGGUUGACCAGAUUCAUACCUGGCUGAGCAAACUUCCAGUCGUUACAAAGCUCCUAUGCUUCACUACUGCCACUGUUACGCUUUCUGUCAUCGUGGGGUUGUCGCCUCGUUAUGGCUUCGGAUACGAUUAUGAACUAGUCGUCAAGAACUACCAGAUUUGGAGGCUCCUGACGAGCUAUUUUGUUGGCACCGCGCGGUCUAUUCCAUGGAAUCGGGCCCAUAUCUCCGCCGCUCCUCUGACCUUGCGUGGCAGACCAUCUUUGCCUGCGGUCGGAAUCUUCCUCGCCACUCGACCUCUCGGCACGGGGUACUUCUUCAGCGCCCUGCUCACCUGCCUCUGCUACCUCUCUGCUGAAACCGCGCCCAUUGGGUCAACGACGUCGUUCAUGGGCCUCAUCACGCUUCCCAUCUCCUACCUCCCCUAUUGCAUCGUCUUCAUCGAGCUCCUCUCUCGCGGGCCCUAUGGGGGAGCGCUCGCAGUCGCCGGGUGCAUCGUCGGACACCUCUGGUUCUGGCUCAUCUGGAAGGGCCGUGGCAAGAUCGGUGUACUUGCACCAUGGGGCCAGGCACCUGGGUGGUUUAGGGAUUGUGGGUUGUUUGAGGGCGACGGGAGGGGUGGAGGGAGGACGUUGAAUGGGGGUGGGCUUAGAAGAGAAUGGAGGGCAGGGCAGGAAAUUCAUAUUGGUGCCCAGGGCGCGGCCAGCUGCUGUGGUACUGCAAGCUCGGCGCAUGUUUGGGGCUCUGGCGCUAGAUUGGGCAGUAACUGA